CCUGGGAGGCGGCGCAGGCGCUGCCUGCGGUUUGACUGCCAUCCGGGCUGCUGCAGGCACUGGGAAAGGCAGUCCAGCCUCAAUCCUCGCCACAGACACGGGCGAUUGUCCCCCAGCGUGACCGCGCGGGCGACCGCAGGACCGCGGUGCAGUGUCCGACCCGAGAGUUGAGGCCUGAGUCACCGGCCCCGCCCUCCGGAGCCGGACGCUGCGGGAGGCCCGGGAGCGGCAGUGGAACGGACUCCCAGAACUCCGGACGUGUGCGGCGCAGUGAGUCGCAGCCAUGUUCCUGGUUAACUCGUUCUUGAAGGGCGGCGGCGGCGGCGGCGGGGGAGGCGGGGGCCUGGGUGGGGGCCUGGGAAAUGUGCUUGGAGGCCUGAUCAGCGGGGCCGGGGGCGGCGGCGGCGGCGGCGGUGGUGGUGGUGGAGGCGGCGGUGGCGGUGGAACGGCCAUGCGUAUCCUAGGCGGAGUCAUCAGCGCCAUCAGCGAGGCGGCUGCGCAGUACAACCCGGAGCCACCGCCCCCACGCACACAUUACUCCAACAUUGAGGCCAACGAGAGUGAGGAGGUCCGGCAGUUCCGGAGACUCUUUGCCCAGCUGGCUGGAGAUGACAUGGAGGUCAGCGCCACAGAACUCAUGAACAUUCUCAAUAAGGUUGUGACACGACACCCUGAUCUGAAGACUGAUGGUUUUGGCAUUGACACGUGUCGCAGCAUGGUGGCCGUGAUGGAUAGCGACACCACAGGCAAGCUGGGCUUUGAGGAAUUCAAGUACUUGUGGAACAACAUCAAAAGGUGGCAGGCCAUAUACAAACAGUUCGACACUGACCGAUCAGGGACCAUUUGCAGUAGUGAACUCCCAGGGGCCUUUGAGGCGGCAGGGUUCCACCUGAAUGAGCAUCUCUAUAACAUGAUCAUCCGACGCUACUCAGAUGAAAGUGGGAACAUGGAUUUUGACAACUUCAUCAGCUGCUUGGUCAGGCUGGACGCCAUGUUCCGGGCCUUCAAAUCUCUUGACAGAGAUGGCACUGGCCAAAUCCAGGUGAACAUCCAGGAGGUAAGAACCCCCAUAUUGGGGUAUGGGUGCCUGGGAGGACCCCACCCCUCAGCCCUUCAUACCAGCUCUGAGCUGCAGUCCCCUCCCUCCUAUUUUGCCAGCGGUCCCUGGGUGAGGGCAAAGGGGCUGGUGCUCUUGGGGUUCCCUGUCCUCACUCUCCACCCUCCUCUCCCCAGUGGCUGCAGCUGACUAUGUAUUCCUGAACUGGAGCCCCAGACCCACCCCCUCACCGCCUUGCUAUAGGAGUCACCUGGAGCCUCGGUCUCUCCCAGGGCCGAUCCUGUCUGCAGUCACAUCUUUGUGGGGCCUGCUGACCCACAAGCUUUUGUUCUCUCAGUACUUGUUACCCAGCUUCUCAACAUCCAGGGCCCAAUAUGCCCUGCCUGGAGUUCCCCCUGGCUCUAGGACUAGAUAUCUAAAAAGCUCUGUCCAAGGGUCUCCCCAUUCCCACCAGGCCCUGCACACACCCACUCCGUAACCUCUCCCCUGUACCUGUGCCAAGCCUAGCACUUGUGAUGCUUCCAUGCCCCGAGGGCCCUCUCAGUUCUGGGAGGAUGACUCCAGUCCCUGCACGCCCUGGCACACCCUUCACGGUUGCCACCCAGGCGGCCAAGCUCCAGACCGUGCCAGACCCAGGUGCCCCAGUGCCUUUGUCUAUAUUCUGCUCCCAGCCUGCCAGGCCCAGGAGGAAAUAAACAUGCCCCAGUUGCUGAUCUCUA